UGGCGUAGCGUGCUUUCCCUCCCCUUUCAGUCACUCGGCGACAGCCCGGUUGCUUCCUGCGCCUCGGGCGCUGCCGACUCUCCGGCGCUGUGGAGGAGGAGGAGGAGGCCCUGGCCGGCAGGUCGCCUUGUCCCCCUCCGGGCUCGCCGGAGCAACGCCAGCAGCUCAGUCCGCCCUCCUCACCCCCCUGCCUGCCCGCCGCCGCUUGCCUUGCAAGCUCCGGGCGAGCCGGCGAAGCCGCGCCUGCCUCCGCCUCCGCCGCAGGAUGUCGAACUCGAGCAGGAAGGACUUUGACGUGAAGCACAUCUUGCGCCUCCGCUGGAAACUGUUCAGUCACCCGGCGGCGCCCGCGGGCGGCUGCUUGCAACCGGACGGCAGCUUCGAGCACUGGGGCCCGAGCCAGAGCCGGCUGCUGAAGAGCCAGGAGCGAGGCGGCGGCGGAGGCGGCGGAGGCGCCUUCUGGAAGAAAGCCUCGUCCUCCUCGCCCUCCUCCUCCGCCGCCGCCGCCUCGCCCUCGCCGUCCUCGGCCGCCGCCUGCCCCGUCUCUUCCCUGCCCCUCAACGGGACGUCGCUCCCGGCCACCCGGCUCCAUGGGCUGGCCGAGCCGCAAGGCCCCCCGCCGGCCCCUCGCACCAUCUUCUACGUCGAGGCGCUGGACGAAGGACCCGGCGGUGGAGGAGGACGAGGAGGAGGAGGAAGCAGCGGGGGGGACUUCGCUGAGUUCCCCCGCCCGGAGGAGAAGGCGCUGGUGCUGCGCGAAGUCAAGGGGGAGCCGCUGCCCUUCGCGGAUGGAGGCGGACGGGCAACAGGUGAAGGCGCCGCGCACAGGCUGUCAGCAGCCAAUCAUCCAUUGACUCCUCAGUGCGAUAUGGAUCUUAGUACUUCUGAAGAAUUCUACCAAGCUGUUCACCAUGCUGAGCAGACCUUCAGAAAGAUGGAAAGCUACCUGAAGCAACAGCAGCUUUGUGAUGUUAUUUUAAUUGCUGGGAACCGUAAGAUACCUGCACACAGGCUUGUACUCAGCUCAGUUUCGGAUUACUUUGCUGCCAUGUUUACGAAUGAUGUUUGUGAAGCUAAGCAAGAAGAAAUCAAAAUGGAAGGCAUUGAUCCUGGUGCACUUUGGGAUCUCGUUCAGUUCGCAUAUACAGGCUGUUUGGAACUUAAGGAAGAUACAAUUGAAAACCUCCUGGCAGCUGCGUGUCUUCUUCAACUCCCUCAAGUAGUUGAAGUGUGUUGUCAUUUCCUCAUGAAGCUUUUACAUCCAUCCAACUGUUUGGGAAUCCGGGCCUUUGCAGAUGCUCAAGGAUGCACAGAACUUAUGAAGGUGGCUCACAGUUACACCAUGGAGAACAUCAUGGAGGUGAUUAGGAAUCAAGAAUUUUUACUGUUGCCAGCAGAGGAACUGCACAAACUUCUUGCCAGUGAUGAUGUGAAUGUUCCUGAUGAAGAAACCAUUUUCCAUGCCUUAAUGAAGUGGGUCAAAUAUGACCUGCAAAGGAGAUGUAACGACUUGAGUAUGUUACUUGCCUACAUCCGGCUACCGCUUCUUCCACCACAGAUUUUAGCGGACCUAGAAAACCAUGCACUUUUUAAAGAUGAUUUGGAAUGUCAGAAGCUGAUUUUGGAAGCCAUGAAAUACCAUCUUUUGCCAGAAAGACGAACACUUAUGCAAAGUCCAAGAACAAAGCCAAGGAAAUCUACCGUUGGGACCUUGUAUGCUGUUGGAGGAAUGGACAACAAUAAAGCAGGUGCUACAACCAUUGAGAAGUACGAUCUUAGGACCAAUAUAUGGAUCCAGGCUGGAGUAAUGAAUGGAAGAAGGCUACAGUUUGGUGUGGCUGUUAUUGAUGACAAGCUCUUUGUUAUUGGAGGGCGAGAUGGCUUAAAGACAUUAAACACGGUCGAAUGUUAUAAUCCGAAAACAAAGGCUUGGACCGUCUUGCCUCCAAUGUCUACUCACAGACAUGGCUUAGGAGUUACUGUUCUUGAAGGGCCCAUUUAUGCAGUAGGAGGUCAUGAUGGCUGGAGCUAUUUGAAUACAGUCGAGAGGUGGGACCCACAAAGUCAACAGUGGACCUUUGUGGCCAAUAUGUCCAUUGCCAGAAGCACCGUUGGGGUGGCAGCUUUAAAUGGCAAAUUAUACUCAGUUGGUGGCCGAGACGGAAGUUCUUGCUUGAGUUCUAUGGAGUAUUAUGAUCCUCACACCAAUAAAUGGAACAUGUGUGCUCCAAUGUGCAAAAGAAGAGGAGGAGUUGGAGUGGCCACCUGUGAUGGUUUUCUUUAUGCUGUUGGAGGCCAUGAUGCCCCUGCCUCUAACCAUUGCUCCAGACUCUUGGAUUAUGUUGAGAGGUAUGACCCCAAAACUGAUACCUGGACAAUGGUGGCCCCACUGAGUAUGCCUCGUGAUGCUGUUGGCGUCUGCAUCUUGGGUGAUAAAUUAUAUGCCGUGGGUGGCUAUGAUGGACAGACGUACUUAAACACAAUGGAGUCGUAUGAUCCACAGACCAAUGAAUGGACACAGAUGGCAUCUCUAAAUAUUGGAAGAGCUGGGGCCUGCGUUGUAGUCAUAAAGCAAGCAUGACACGCUCUGUAAUGGAUUUUUAUUGACUUCUAAGCAGGAUUUUUCUGCCAAACAAGAAAGAAAAUUUUGUCAAGCAACAAGGUCAACAGAUACCCUCAGCCUUCUGUUGAUCACAACUCACGAACAUUAAAAUGAAGAGAAGGAGAGAAGGAUUCUUUCCUAUCAGUAGAUACUACUUUAGGGUUUAACAAAGGGUGGAAAAAAUCUGUUUUAGCAGCCAAUCUGUGUAUGUGAAAAGGGAAGAAAUUCAGUUACUGACCUAUUGGCUAUUUAAAAGAAGCAAAGCAAAAGACCAAAUUUUCUUACGGAAUGGAUGGUUGUCAUAGCACUAGAUAUUUUAACUCCAUCACAGCACACUGUCACUUUGUAAAACAUAGCUUUUUCUUAAAACAAACAAAAAAAGCUUGUAUUUUAUUUAUUUGCAUUCUUUUUCGCUUAAGGCCUUAUCUUCAAACAUUUUAGCACUUUGUUACUGACACAGACAAUAAUGAGACGGGACAAAAUUCUAGUUUAUUUCCUCCUGAAAUAAAGAACAAAGGCACAGGUCUCUUUCGUUACUGAACGAUUCGACAUUAAAACAUGAUUGUUUUUCCUAAUCAAUGACUGGUCCUUCCAUUAAAGUAAGAGAUGGCUUGGAUGGAAUGGUGUUUCUGAGCAAACCUUCGGACAAUUGGGGUUCAAGGCCAUAAAGGAGAGCCAAAGGAAUACAUCCCCAAAUUUACCCUACUCAAGCAUGUGAAGCCUUCUUUCGUUCAAAGCUUUUGAACUUCUCCUGCAUGUGAGAUGUAUGUAGAAGAUGGGAAAUGGCAGUUUCUUCACCAUGGCAUCAUCUAAGAGACACCAUUGAGCAUUUGCAAGGAAGAGACACAUUGGGACCUAGGCAUGCAGCAAGAGAGAUAACGGUGGUUCUAAUGUCUUUCGUGUUUUCAGAAGCCACAUUUGCUAUGAUGUAGUUCAAUUUAACUUGAAUUAAUCUCUGUUUGCUGCUGCAGAAGACUGAUCCUAAGGGCUAACCCAACUGUUGAAUGGGACAACUAGCCCUCUUGCUUUAAAAAAAAAACCAAAAAACAGAAUGUCACUCAGAGGGAUUGGCUUGUUUAUUUGGAGAAAGAAUGUCUAGGCACGUGGUUAAGAUAAUUCACUUCCAAAUUGCUUUCUCAAUGGCAAAACGUGGACAGAUUGCAGGCAAAAAAAAGACUCAAAGUGGCAAGAAUUAGCACGUGAGAAAGAUUUUUAGAAGCCCAUCUCUCUUCCGAUUGAGUUGAUAGCUUUUUUUUAUAUCUGAUCUUUAAUUUAAUAAUAAUAAAAACUUUGGGGAGCUAUUGCGCAAGGCUGCUGUAUAAUAUCUGUUUUGGCUUUAAGGAAUGAAACAUUCAUAUACAAGAGGAGGGAAGCCCAGAUGUUUUGCCAUGAGGAUGUGUCCUGCCAGCAGAGCAUCUGCUUUGCAUGUAUGAUAAAAAGAUGUCAAUGAGUUAUGUUGCCUUUGUAAAAUUUCUGCUUUGUAUACGAAUGAGAUGCAGAAAUCAUCUUUGUUAAUGGGUGUUAACUCUUGGCUGCAUUAUAUCCUAAGCAUGGUUGAACUUUCUUAUUAAGGUACCAGAAUGAGGUGGAUUUCCACUGCUGCUCGGGGGGAGAAUCUGAUUUCAAGGGUGUUUUCAAUUGGAGCAGGAAUAAAAUUUUGGCGGAUGUGAAGUCCUUUUUUGGCUUGUCUUUCCCCAUCCAGACUAAUUUGCUAAUUAAAUAAAACAUUGGUGUCCAAAUGA